AUGGGCCUUUCAAGCACUCAUCUACAGAUCGCUUCCCAUAGAUCGUUCACGAGCCCCCACCACAUCUCAUUCGCCCAGCUUCACAGUGACGAAAUCCCUGUGUUUUAUGUCGGUGUCGAUGUUGGCACAGGCUCUGCUAGAGCCGCUAUUGUUGACCAAACCGGAGCCAUUCUGGGUUUAGCCGAAAGACCCAUUACCAGGCACGAAAUCAAGCCAAACCACAUCACUCAAAACUCAACUGAAAUCUGGGAAAGCAUUUGUUACUGUGUCAAAACAGCUCUUUCCCAGUCACGAAUUGACCCUUCGUUGGUGAUGGGAAUUGGUUUUGAUGCUACCUGCUCUCUCGUCUCCAUCAAUGAAGAAACUGAUCUCCCAAUGGCUGUUGGUCCAGAUUUCAACGACCAUGAGGAAAAUAUCAUCCUCUGGAUGGACCACCGUGCUGAAUCUGAAACAGAUGAAAUCAAUGCCACCAACGACAAAUCGCUAAAGUAUGUUGGUGGUAAGAUGUCCAUCGAGAUGGAGUUACCCAAGAUGAAGUGGUUGAAGAACAACAUGCCGACUGAAAAUGGCGAGAGUCUCUUCAAAAAGUGCAAGUUUUACGAUUUGGCAGAUUAUUUGACCCAUAAGGCCACUUCCAAAGAAACCAGGUCUUUCUGCUCGGUUGUCUGUAAGCAGGGAUUUGUUCCCCAGGGAGUUGAUGGGUCUGUUCAUGGAUGGUCUGCAGAAUUCCUGAAUAAAGUGGACUUGCCCGAACUGGUUGCGGAUGACUUCAAGAAGCUGGGUGGAAUUCCGGGAAAGAAUGGUGAGUAUCUCUGUGCUGGAGACACCGUGGGUCCUUUAAGCGAAGCUUCUGCUGAAGAGUUGGGCCUCACCACCGGCUGUUAUGUUGCUUCGGGUGUCAUUGAUGCUUAUGCUGGUUGGAUCGGUACUGUGGCAGCAACCACUGAAACCCCAGUUCCUUCUUUGGUUGCUCAGGAUAAGGAGGUUGAGGGCGUUGAUAGAGCUUGUGGCCGUUUAGCAGCCGUGGCAGGUACCUCUACUUGUCACAUUGCUAUGUCCAAAGACCCAAUUUUUGUUGAUGGUGUUUGGGGUCCAUACCGUGAUGUCAUGGCAAAGAACUUUUGGCUGGCUGAAGGUGGUCAAUCGUGCACUGGAGCUCUUCUAGCUCACGUUCUAUCUACUCAUCCGGCGUACGCUGAGCUGGGCGUUUCUUCCGAAGCUUCUGGGCUAUCGAGAUUUGAUUUCUUAAACUCGAGACUGGAGAACUUGAAAAAGACCAAAGGCGAAAGGUCUGUGGUCUCCUUGGCCAGAAACCUAUUUUUCUAUGGUGACUUCCACGGAAAUCGUUCCCCAAUCGCCGAUCCACACAUGAGAGCCUCUAUCAUUGGACAGUCAAUGGACUCGUCGUUGGACUCUUUGGCAAUCCUUUACUUGGGUGCAUGUGAGUUUAUUGGCCAACAGACUCGUCAUAUCAUCACUCAAAUGGAAAAGGCAGGACACAACAUCAGCUGUAUCUUCAUGAGCGGAGGCCAAUGUAGAAACGGUUUGUUGAUGAGACUGUUGGCUGACUGUACUGGUUUGCCAAUCAUCAUUCCUCGUUACAUCGACGCUAGUGUUGUCUUUGGUGCUGCUAUGCUCGGAGCUGUUGCUGCCGAAGAUGCGAUCAAAAAGGGCAAACCGGCUGGAAGCUCUGUUUCCAGAAGAAAUUCCAUCAAAUCAGUCAAUGCUGAAGAACCGCCUUCUCCAUACACUGCUCCAUCGGCUACAGCUUCCAUGACUUCAAUUUCAGCAAUGGCACCAGGUGUCAACAACAGUACUGGUGGUUACCCAUUCCCAGUCAUGACCCCUAUUGAGGACGAGAACAAACAGUUGGGAUUCCCACCUGUUGAUCCCUCCGACCCGGACUCUGAUGAAGAGGAAAUAAUUGAAUUUGGUUCCAAGGCAGGUACCCAGCAGAAGGUUAAUGACAAAUUUGCUCAGCGCCGUAUGAGAUCUGCUAGUGGGUCUUCUAGAUUGAGGGGAUUGACUCCAAUGAAGCCUGAGGAGAAAACCGAAAGGUCUGGUGAUAAGCUAUGGAAGGUGAUGGAGUCCCUAUCGGGAAUGGGCAGAGUGAUCAAUCCUUCCUCCGAGAACGAUCCUGACCGCAAGCUUUUGAAUACCAAGUACAAGGUCUUCCUUGAUCAGGCCAGAUCCCAGCAGCAAUAUAGAGAGAUGGUUGCGAAGACUGAAGAGGCUAUCUCUGCCUACUUGAGCAUUUGA